UUCGCGCCGUUUGGCGACACCUGCGCGCGGCGCCCGCCGGCAGCGUGGCAGUCAUGGCGUCGCCCUUCAGCGGGGCGCUGCAGCUGACGGACCUGGAUGAUUUCAUCGGGCCGUCUCAGGACUGCAUCAAGCCCGUGAAGGUGGAUAAGAGGCCAGGAAGUGGCGUAGCCAAGAUCCACAUCGAAGAUGACGGGAGUUACUUCCAGGUUACCCAAGAUGGUGGGACCCGGAGGCUGGAGAAGGCCAAGGUCUCGCUGAAUGACUGCCUGGCGUGCAGCGGCUGCGUCACCUCGGCAGAGACCGUGCUUAUCACUCAGCAGAGCCACGAGGAGCUUCGAAAGGCACUGGACGCUAACAAGAUGGCGGCCCCCGGUCAGCAGAAGCUGAUUGUCGUAUCCGUCUCGCCACAGUCCAGAGCGUCCCUGGCUGCGCGGCUCCAGCUGAAUCCUACUGACACCGCCAGGAAAUUAACCUCCUUCUUUAAAAAAAUAGGGGCGCACUUCGUCUUCGACACCGCCUUCUCCAGGAACUUCAGCCUCCUCGAGAGCCAGCGAGAGUUCGUGCGGCGAUUCCGAGGACAGGCCGACUCCACGCAGGCCCUGCCCGUGCUGGCCUCCGCCUGCCCAGGCUGGAUCUGCUACGCUGAGAAGACCCACGGCAGCUUCAUCAUCCCCCACAUCAGCACGGCCCGGUCCCCGCAGCAGGUCAUGGGCGCCCUGGUCAAGGACUUCCUCGCCCAGCAGCAGCACCUGACCCCCGACCAGAUCUACCAUGUGACGGUGAUGCCCUGCUAUGACAAGAAGCUGGAAGCAUCCAGACCCGACUUUUUCAACCAGGAGUACCAGACGCGAGACGUGGACUGCGUCCUCACGACAGGGGAAGUGUUCAAGUUGCUGGAAGAAGAAGGCAUCUCGCUGUCAGAACUGGAGCCAGCGCCCCUGGACAGCCUGCCCAGCGGCAUGUUUGUGGAGGAGCCCACCAGCCACCGGGGUGGAGGCUCGGGUGGCUACCUCGAGCACGUGUUCCGGCACGCGGCUCAAGAGCUCUUUGGGAUCCACGUGGCUGAGGUCACCUACAGGCCCCUGAGGAACAAGGACUUCCAGGAGGUGACCCUGGAGCAGGGGGGCCAGGUGCUGCUGCGCUUCGCUGCCGCGUACGGCCUCCGCAACAUCCAGAGCCUGGUGCAGAAACUCAAGCGGGGGCGCUGCCCGUACCACUACGUGGAGGUCAUGGCCUGCCCUGCAGGCUGCCUGAAUGGCGGAGGCCAGCUCAAGGCCCCGGACACGCUGGGCAGGGAUCUUCUGCAGCAGGUGGAGAGACUGUACGGCGCGGUCAGGAUAGAGGCGCCUGAGGACGCGCCUGGGGUCCGGGAGCUGUACGGGCGCUGGCUGCAGGGCGAGGCCUCGGAGCGCGCCGGCCGCCUGCUGCACACGCAGUACCAUGCCGUGGAGAAGGCCAGCUCUGGCCUCAGCAUCCGGUGGUAGGAGGCCGUGGGGGUCUGCCG